GUUCUUCAAAUUACUAUCGAGGCCAAUAAAUAUAAUCUUAAUAUUGCCCUGAAAUACAUUAGGCCUAGAGGGAAGCCAGAGAGAGAGGAUAUGGGAUAUCUUCUGGUUAUAGCCUUCUUAUUCGGUAAUAUAGAUAUAUUUAUAGUAUAUACUCUGGCGCUAAUCCUUUAUUAUACGGGGUCUUACUUGAAAUUCUUAAAUAACGAGAUUACUAGUCAAAUUAUCCCUUGGAAAACGUUCUAUAUGUAA